UGUUAUUCGGCUAUAGUGUUUUGUAUGAACGUCAAACACUGAUCAUCGUUCAUUUUCGGCUUCCUCGUCUUGUUGGAGUCACGUUUUUCUUCGCCAUUGAAAUUCUAUCAUUUUAACACGUGUAAUUGAAAAAAUCUUCAAUAUUAUAAUUAUUCGCUAUUAUAUUUUUUUAUUGUUAAGCUGUCAUAUUAUACCACCUACAAAAUGUGGAGCAUAGUAAUGGAACCAGGAAAAAAGUACAGCACUGUUGUCGAAAAUACAUUCCAUCUGUCAAUGGCUACACUUGAUUUAGAAACUGUUAAAAAGGCUGAUGAUGUACAUACUGUUUAUGUCGAGACUGAUGAUAAUCCACGGGUAAUUCUUUGUCACCUGUCUAAAGCAUCAAAAUUGUUCCAAUGCCGAUUGGAUCAUAUUUUCCCACGAGGAACAGAUUUGAAGUUUGUUACAUCAGCCACUGCUAACAUACAUAUGACUGGAUAUUUGGACUUGAAUGAAGACGAUGAUGAAUUAUAUUCUGAUUUAGAAAGCGAAUCUGAAGAUGAAGAAACACAAAUUGAACAGAAAUCAACACAAGGAAAAGGAAAUAAACGUAAGUCAGAAGAUAAUAUUUCAAAAAAAAAUAAAUCUAUUAAAUUGGAUGAAAGUAAUCAGUCUGAUGAAGAAAGUGAUGAUGAAAAUGAAACUGACGAUGAAACCAUGGAUUUCGAAGAUGAUAGUGAUGAUGACGACGAAGGAUUGAAAUUAAGUGACUUAGCUGAUGAUGAUGACGAUGAUGACGAUGAUGAUGAAGACGAAGAAGAAGAAGAUAGUGACGAUGAAACUGAAGAUGUGCCAGUAUUGACUAAAAAAACAAAAGAACAGCAAAAAACUCCAAAAAAACAAUUGAAUGGAAAUGACCUAAAGACUCCUAAAAAAGACCAGAUAACCCCUAAAGGUCAAAAAACACCAAUGCCCAAAACACCUGAUGCUAAUCAAACUUUGAUAAAUGGCUCAACGGAAAGUAGUAAAAAAAAGAAAAAUAAGGAACCUAAAACUCCACUUAGCGGAUUAAAGACCAAACCAGAUACUCCACUGCCCAAAGAUAAGCAAAUUCAACAACAAAAGUUAAAUGGUGGAGUUAUCAUUAAUGAUAUAAAAGUUGGUGAUGGAGCUGUAGCUAAACCAGGGAAAAAUGUUAAAGUUUAUUACAUUGGUCGCCUGAAAUCUACCGGUAAAGUUUUUGAUUCAAUGCAGAAAGGAGCUGGAUUCACUUUUGGAUUGCAACGUGGUGAAGUUAUUAAGGGUUGGGAUAUUGGUAUUGCUGGUAUGAAAGUUGGAGGCAAAAGAAAAGUUAUAUGUCCACCAAAUAUGGCGUAUGGUGCUAAAGGAAGUCCACCAGAAAUUCCACCUAAUAGUACUUUAGUUUUUGACGUAGAACUAAAACAUGUUAAUUAAGUUAAUCCAUUAUGUCUUUUAUUCUGACUGAUAUUCCUAUGAUUAUUUGUUAAUUACCAAUAAUUUUUUUACAACAACCACAAACAACGAAUAUCAGUAUUCCGUUUUUGUUAUAAAACAAGAUUAAAAGCUGUAUUUUUAAUAUAAUAUAGUUUUUAAAUUUGAGACAAUUUUUAUCUUAAGUAUACAAUUGUUUAUUAUACAUCAUAAUAUUUUAAAUUGCUAACGUUUUUUGGCAUUUGUAGAAAGUAUUUGUGUCUAAUCUAUUUGGCAAUAAUUUACCAAUUGUAUAUGGAUGACUUAUAAUAAAACAAUUUUAAUUCUUAA